AAGGCUGCAUCUAAGGCAUAGGUACUGUUUUUGCAGUUUUAGCCAGUGUGUAGUUAAUAUAAUAGCAUAAUGGAACUUUUCAACUGUCUGUUUGGUGUCGUUGUGGUGGUUGUUGUUUUGGCUUGUGAUGUUACUGCUCAGCAUCACUGGAUGCUGCCUCUGCAGAAAUCUCAACCUUCCCCUCCUUCUCAGCUGCCUCAACAACCAUCAAAGGUCCAUGCACUUGCAGCUCCCUUUGAUAAAUGCCAGGUGGAAGUGGGUGAGAGGAUCCAGUGUGGGACUGAAGAUGUCACUGCUGAGCAGUGUGGAAACAUAAACUGCUGCUUUGAUGGACAGAUGUGCUACUAUGGGAAAGCAGUGACUGUGCAGUGUACCAGGGAUGGCCAGUUUGUGGUGGUUGUGGCUCAUGAUGCCACUGUGCCCCACAUAGAUGUGGAUUCAGUCAGCCUGCUCGAAACAAAUGACCCCUCCUGUACGCCUGUUGACUUCACCUCUGCUUUUGCCAUCUUCCAGUUCCCCGUGACUGCUUGUGGUACAACAAUUGAGGUGGAGGAAGGGGAUUACGUGGUGUACGAGAACCACAUGUCCUCCUCAUAUGAAGUGGGACUUGGCCCCAGAGGAUCAAUCACCAGGGACAGCCAUUUUGAGUUAUUGUUCCAGUGCCGCUAUUCUGGCACAGCUGUGGAGGCUCUCAUCAUGGAAGUGAAUGCUGUUCCUCCACCUAUACCAGUGGCUGCUGUGGGACCCCUCAGAGUGGAGCUCAAACUGGGCAAUGGACAGUGUCACUCAAAGGGAUGCAUGGAGGAAGAGGCAGCGUAUAGCUCUUUCUACACCCCUGCAGACUACCCAAUCACUAAAGUGCUGAGGGAACCAAUCUAUGUCGAGGUGAACAUACUGGAGAGGUCGGAUCCAAAUAUUAUCCUAAACCUGGAGCACUGCUGGGCCACUUCUACAUCCAAUCCUCACAGUCUGCCACAGUGGGACCUUCUGGUCAAUGGGUGUCCCUUCCAUGAGGACCGUUACUUGACCACCGUGGUGCCUGUGGACAGCUCAUCUGGGCUUCACUACCCGACACACUAUAAACGUUUCAUCGUUAAAAUGUUUACAUUUGUGGAUCAAAACACCUUCACAGUUCAAAAAGAUACGGUGUUCAUCCAUUGUGCCACAGCAGUGUGUUAUCCCAGCAGCACAAACUCUUGUGAACAGCCAUGCCACCGGCAACGAAGAGCUGCAUUGACGAAAGCCUCCUCAGGUCAGAGGGCUGUAGUCUCAAGUGGAGAAGUGAUCCUGACCAAGCAGAGGAGCACCAAAUCGAGAUGAUCCACUGGCAGCCACAUAUGGCCUUGACUUUUUAAUAAAAGAAUAACAGCUUGUUAAAAGCUUAUGCUAA